GCCGACACUGGAGAGAAAGGUUGUUGUUAUCUGGGAGGUCGCCGCUGGUUCCCCUCAUCAUGCCGGGCCACAAGAGGCAGUCAAGUAUGGAGCUCCUGGAAUUAAUGGGAGUGGUGAAGGAAAAUGGAAAUGAGCAGUCAUCAUUUCCUCCUGUGUUCACUUCGCUGUCAUACGACUACGUCCUGGUCGCCAAAACGAUCGAUGACCAGGAGAGGGAUGCCUUCAUUAAACAGACCCAAUUCAUCAACGAGCUGAGGAAGAAGAAUUUCAAAGUGACAAAAAUCUCCGAUAAUUAUCUCGUCUUCUAUGGGAUCCAAGCACCGAAGGAAAUAUUCCAGAAGUACAUGUAUCUGCUGAAAGUAUCUGACACCUGCAACUGGAGCUCGAAUCAAAAGGACCUUUCUCUGAGCACAAGGAUAAGGAUCGUCCAUUUCAUAAUACAUCGCACAUGUAUCCACUCAGGAGAAAAUCUACGGGAUCUUCUGAAGGCGAAGGUUUUUGAGGCAAGAUUCUGUUUACAUGAGAGAAGGAGACAGAAAGAGCUGAAGAAGAGCUGGGCACGAUGGUCAGCCUGUCUCCAAGGGCAACCCAUAACUGCUGUCAGGAACUACUUUGGGGAGAAGGUAGCUUUGUACUUCCUGUGGCUGGGAUGGUACACAUGGCUACUCAUCCCACCAGCUCUUAUAGGGAUCUUGGCCUUUCUCUAUGGCCUCAGCUUCUUCAACAGUUCGCCCCUCAUAAAAGAGGUUUGUGAAUCUGACAGAGUCAUGUGUCCGCUUUGUGACGAGGGUUGCAAAGUGUGGAAGCUUUCAGAGACCUGCUCAUAUGCCAAGCUGAGCCUGCUGUUCGACAACAAUGGCACGGUGCUCUUCGCUAUGUUCAUGGCAAUAUGGACAACACUGUUUCUGGAGUUCUGGAAGAGACAUCGGGCAACUUUUGUGUGCGAAUGGAAAGUGUCGGAGUGGUCUGAAUCAGAGGAGGAACUGAUUCUGGAAAUUGUGAACGAUAGUGACUGUCACCCAAAUGAGUACAAGCAUUCUUACCUUCCACAGCACUCUGGUAUUGAUCUGUGUCACCAUUAUG